UCAUAUAAGGAUCUAAGAAGAAGAAGAAGAACAACAACAACAACAACAAGAUGAGUAUAAUCAACUUCAACAUCAUCACUGCUCUCAUCGCCUUCAUCCUACUAUUAUAUGUUUCCAUCGCGACUGCCCAAUCUAGUACUGGUGCCGCCACCCAACCUGGUGGUGCCGCUGCCCAGCCUGGUGGUGCCACCGUCCAACCUACUGCCGCCGCCAAUUCUAGUGGUGGUGCCACCGUCCAACCUACUGCCGCCGCCAAUUCUAGUGGUGGUGCUGGUGGCGUUUUUGAUGUGACAAAGUACGGUGCUAAACCCAAUGCUGAUAUCACUCAGGCUUUGGCAACUGCAUGGAAGGAAGCUUGUGCAUCAGCGGGUCCAAGUAAAGUAAUUAUUCCUAGCGGGACUUACACCUUAGGUGCAAUUGAGUUAAAAGGUGAAUGCACAAGUACUCCCAUCGAAAUGCAAGUACAAGCAACAUUGCUAGCACCACCAGAUCUAAAAGGUGAAGAUUGGGUUCAUUUCAAGUAUGUCAAUGAUUUGUCAGUAUCAGGAGGUGGAGUUUUUGAUGGGCAAGGAAAAACUUGGGAAAGCAACGAUUGUCAUAAAAACCCAAAAUGUGCACCAAUGCCCAUGAGUUUGAAGUUCAGCUUUAUAAAGAAUUCAGUUGUGAGUGGCAUAACCUCUAAAGAUAGCAAGAACUUCCAUAUCCAAGUACUCGGGUGCAAUAACUUUACCCUCCAAAACGUAAAUGUAAAUGCACCAGGAACUAGCAUUAACACUGAUGGAAUUCACCUCGGGCGUUGUGUUGGAAUUAAUAUAUUAAACUCAAACAUCGGUACUGGAGACGAUUGCAUCUCACUUGGAGAUGGAAGCAAACAAGUAACAAUCACAAAUGUGACAUGUGGGCCUGGACAUGGCAUAAGCGUAGGAAGUCUAGGAAGGUAUAAUGCUGAAGAACCAGUUGAGGGACUUCAAGUUAAGAAUUGUACGAUAACUGGUACAACAAGUGGGUUAAGAAUUAAAACAUGGCCAGCUUCACCUGCUGCUGGAGUAGCUUCGGACAUGCAUUAUGAAGAUAUAGUUAUGAAUAAUGUCUCGAAUCCCAUUAUGAUAGAUCAAGAAUAUUGUCCAUAUAACAAAUGCAAUAAACAGAUACCAUCUAAAGUGAAGAUCAGCAAGGUGAGUUUCAAGAAUAUCAGAGGUACUUCUGGAAAUGCACAGGCAGUAACUCUUGUGUGUAGUUCAAGUAAUCCAUGUGAAGGUGUGGAGUUAGCUGACAUUGACCUCACAUACACUGGGAACGAAGGUCCCAUUACUUCUGUAUGCGCAAAUGUGAAGCCCACUAUUACUGGAAAACAAAACCCUCCUAUUUGUUCUCCGCUUGCUCCCAAAGCUCAAUCACCUGCUGCAACCACUUCAUGAAAGACGAUGACCCCAUGAAUAACCAAAAUUUUGAACAUUCUUUUUUUGUUUUUUUUUUUAGUCUUCAUAAAUUCUUCAAAUAAUUUUGUAAUUGCAACGUUGUUUUAGCACUCAAGUUCAAGUUCUUGUAGGAAAAACUUGGAGUGAACGCAUAUAAACACACAUUUCUUCCUUAA